UAUUUUCCGACACGCAGCAAGGAACAAGUCUCAAACACAAUGGAAAUACAGGGCGGGUGCAAAUCUUUUCUUUCCUUAUGUUUCCUAUUUUUGGCAACAGUCGCAGUGAGUGAUGUGAUUUCUACGGACGAGAAGAGUCUCCGCGCUCAAAUAGAUGAAAAAACUGAGGCUCUAAGAGUGCUGAUAAUCCAAAUGACCAAUUUAGAAAGUACAAGUCACCUUCAAGAUCAGCAAACUGGAAGGUUAACGCAAGAGGAAUCCGCGCAUAGCGUGCCUUUUAAGAGCAUUUGUAAAUCUUCCACAAGUAUCGAAUCAAUUAAUGUUGUCGACAUCGGUCCGGUUUCGGUGGUCUGCGAUUCUGAAACUGCCGGACCCGGCUGGACAGUGGUGCAGCGUCGCUUCAAUGGCACCGUUGAUUUUUUCAGAAAAUGGUCUGAGUAUCGCAGUGGCUUUGGGGACUUGGAAGGGGAGUUCUUCAUGGGCCUGGAGAAACUACACCGCAUGACGAAUUCUGUGCACUGUGAGCUGUAUAUCAAAUUGGUCGAUUUCCACAAUGUUGUUCGCUACGCACACUACGAUAAUUUCAGUAUAGGCAGCGAGGAGGAGCACUAUAUGCUCAAGUCACUGGGAACCUAUUCCGGUGAUGCUGGCGAUGCCUUGAGUUACAAUCUGUAUGACAGCUUCACAACCUAUGACCGGGAUAACGAUGCUUGGAGCAGUGGCAAUUGUGCCAAUCAUUACCACAGCGGCUGGUGGUACAAUUCGUUUGGAAAUAGCAAUCUCAAUGGUAAAUACCUUGAUCGUGAAAAACAUGAUGAGAAAAGCAUUUGGUGGUAUAGUUGGAAGGGAUACAAGUCACUGAAAUCUGUUCAGAUUAUGAUACGACCUAUUUAACUUAAAUACAGUGUACAAAAAGAGAUUAAAAUUCAAUAAAAUACAUAUAUACUGUAUAUA